AUGCUCCAUUGCCAAGGUAUGCGCGCCAUCUGGUGUCAUGUCAACAUCUCUGCGUCUAAGUCACUGCACACAAAGGCAGUGCUGCAGAACACCCCAGCACUGAUUCCAUUCCUGGAGAAUGCAAGUGAAAAACAUCAGGAUUUGUCUGCGUGGGCUCUUGGUAACAUAGCGGGUGACAGUGCGGAAGCACGCGAUACCAUAAUUGCUCAGGGCGCACACCACCCUCUGAUACGCAUGGUCACCAAUCACACCCUGGCCAGUACAACUGUCUCGCCUACGGCUACGUCCAUAGGAGAGGCGGCCUACUUCUGUUUGUCCAAUCUGUGCCGGGGACAAGGCGCGCGACCUGAGCUAUUCGCAAACGAUGCUGUUCUUGCUAGCACGUUGCAAAUUCUUAAUGUUCACAUUCCCGUCGCGCUAGCUGGCUCAGACCCGCCAUUGGUCCAAAAUCCCGAACUUGCCCGGCCAAUGUUAUUGUCGCCCGAGACUAUAACGACGCGUGCCAGUGUGGGGAUUGCCAGCGAAGCCCUAUGGUUUCUUACCUACAUGACCGCCAACAAUGAGAGUCUAUGUGAGCGACUUUGUAAAGACGGUCUGAUGAGCCUUCUCACAUCCGCAAUGCAAGCUACCACAGAGAUUGCCACACCGAUGGUAUCCCCCGCGUUACGCACUCUGGGUAAUAUCCUCGCUGGUGAGGACGCCUUCACAGAACUGGCGUUGCAGCAGGCAAAUCUCUUCAACGGAUUGGGUCAGUGCGUAACCUCUCCCGAACGAUCUCUGCGCCUAGAGGCGCUGUGGGCUCUGUCCAACAUCGUGGCUGGAAAACCAGAAUUCGCAACGGCCGUGGUGGACGAGGGCUUGUUCCCGUAUAUAGUGAGAAUAAUUGAAUACGAUGCACUGCAAGACCCAGAGAUGGUCACUCAGGCCAUGUAUGUGAUCAAUAACACCGCACACCACGGAGAAGCUAUGUGCCGGUUCAUCUACCACAAGACGGAUGUGCUUAGGCAGUCACUCAAGGUACUGCGUGCAGGCGAGGGGCAAUCGUGCAAGCUUGUGCUGCAGUUUUUGGAGAUGAUGCUACAAAGUCAUGCACAGGUGUCCUGGAAAGUUGAAGAAGAGGGUGGGGUGGAAUGUUUGGAAAUGUUUGAAUACCAUGACAAUGAGGAGCUUCAAAGAAUUUCUAGUUUCCUGAUUGAUAAAUAUUUCUACUCAAAUGAGGAGGAACCGAUUUGAAGAUCUGUAUCGACCUGGCUUCAGUUGCAAACGGUAAAAUAACCUAGUUGACUUCUACCACAUAUUGCAUAACAUUGGUAUCUCGUUUCGAGAGUCUCGCAUCAGUGGAUGAAUAUGUAUGCAAAGGAAUAUGGUACUAUCGCUUUUGUGAACCAACCACGAAUUGAUCCCAAACUGCACAUGCUCGACAUAUCUAUACACUGGCGUGAAACCACAAGCGCACAUCCACAGUUCAAUUUGGCCGAGGUGCAGAAUCCAGUGCUUUGGUUGAAAGUAGGUUCUACACCAGGAGUGCUAAGACUACCUUCAUUCUCUUGUGAUGGGGUACGAAAAGACAUCAGAUGAUGGUCAGAGCCGUGGAAAGCAUGCCUGAAGUGCCGUAAAUGCUAUUUAUACAUGGUGCCCUCAAUGUGGCUUAUGGGUGUAUACUUGUUGUGCAACUGUACUCGUAUUUUUGUGUGACUGCGCUCAUUCAUCACAGCAGUUUUCACCACAUGUUUGUAUAAUCGUAUUUGCUAAAAAUGACUACAACAUGCCGCACACCUACAUUCAGAAGUUUAGUAUGCACUAAAUUGAAAAUUGAAAAUGUGCACAUUAUCAUAAGUUCAUAGAGACAGACGUCAACUCGUCAAGGCGUCAACAGCUUGCGCUCUACUAGAGUAGUCACUGGUCACACUGGUCACUGCCUCACGAGUCACUGGUCACCCAGUUUCUGAGGGUUGGCCUGUGGCUCUGUGCCUAUUGCGCACAAGUUUUAACUUUCGGGGUUGUUUUUUCUUUUUGUGUGUGCCCGGGCGGCUGUACCAGCCCACGCAUUGACAAAUAGUCAGUUCUUGUCUUUUUGUGUAUACUGGAUAAAUAUUGUGGUCUGCGGAACUAUGGAAGUGUAGAUUCUGGCCUCUGGCAAUAUAAAGUGAGUAUGUGACUGGGGGGGUAUACUGAAAUCUGGAUACUCAUUCAAAAUACUCAUUCAAAAUAUAAUUUUGUUAAGAAAGGCCUAUUAUUUCUAGAGGCUCUCUCUCUCUCUCUAGAGUAGAGAGUUUAGACUUCUAGCUAGAGAGAGUAAGAGUCUAGAGAAAGUCUAGUAGACAUGUAGAGAAAGAGAGACUAGAGAGUACACUAGAGACUAGUAGAGAGAGUAUUUACUCUAGUAGAGACUAGAGAGAGAGUACUAGUAGAGACUCUAGAGAGAGAAUACAAGAGCAGAAACUACAGAGAGAGAGGGGAAGGCCGGAAAGACAAUGUUGAAGUUGAAAGCAAUUAAAAGUUGAAAACCC